AUGGCAAAUUCUAAGUUUGGAUACGUGAGGGAAUUUGAAACGCAUGAUAUUAUUUUGCCUCAGUGUUAUAUUGUUGUGAGAGUAGAUGGUAAAAAAUUUCAUGAAUUCUCUAAAUUUUACGAGUUUGCCAAGCCAAAUGAUGCGAGUGCUCUUAAGUUAAUGAAUGCUUGUGCAAAGAACCUUGUGCUUAAAUACAAAAAUGAUACUAUAUUGGCUUUUGGGGAAAGUGACGAAUACUCAUUUAUUUUGAAAUCAAACACAACUUUGUUUAAAAGACGAAAAGAUAAGCUCGCGACUUUGUUUGGUUCUUUUUUCACAUCCAAUUAUGUUGCAUUGUGGCCCAAGUUCUUUCCGGACAAACCGUUGAGCAUCAAGCACUUGCCAUACUUCGAUUCAAGGUGUGUAGCAUAUCCUAAUUUGCAGACGAUAAAGGAUUAUUUAUCUUGGAGAUAUGUUGACACCCACAUAAACAAUCUUUACAAUACUACCUUUUGGCAGCUAAUAAUAAAAUGCGGAUUGACACCACAGGAAUCCGAAAAGAAACUAUGCGGAACAUUUAGUAAUGAUAAACAAGAAAUAUUGUUUUCUGAAUGUGGUAUAAACUAUAACAGUGAACCCGAAAUGUUUAAAAAGGGCUCCUUGGUAACCAGAAAGGGAGAGAUCCUGCAUGUAAAUGUCAUUGCACAGAUAAAUGAGCUGUUCCAAGGAUUUUAG